AGUUUUCUCCGUCUGUUUCUUAUUUUAAUUGCUUCAGAUCAACUGAAACUUUAUAACUUUCACGUAAAAUAAUCCAUGCAUUAACAAAGUUCAAGCUUGAAUCCCUUCUUCGAAAAAUAAAAUGAAACAGAGGCUUUCUUUGAUGUAUCUUUCUUUUAUCUUAAUAAUUUCAUCCCGUGAAUCAUCUUCUUCUAUUCCUUCCAAUUCCUUCAUUGGAAUUCCUCCUCAAGACGAAGAUUACUUCAAAAGAGAGAUAAUAAAAUGUAAGAAUGGAUCAAAGAAGUUUACUAAAGCCCAACUUAAUGAUGAUUUCUGCGACUGCCCAGAUGGCACUGAUGAGCCAGGAACAUCAGCUUGUCCACUAGGCAAGUUCUACUGUAAGAAUAUUGGCCAUGCUCCGUCUUUCCAGUAUUCCUCCAGAGUCAAUGAUGGUAUUUGUGAUUGUUGUGAUGGGAGUGAUGAGUAUGAUGGUAAAGUCAAAUGCCCUUAUACAUGCCACGAGGCUGGCAAAGUAGCCAUGGAAAGCUUGAAGAGAAAGAUUGAAGUGUAUCAAGAAGGGGUUAUUUUACGAAAAGUAGAGAUUGGACUGGCAAAACGAGCAAUUGCUAGAGACAAAGCCGAAUUGUCAGGGUUGAAAAAUGAACGGGAAGUUGUAGAAAAGGUUGUUCAUCAGCUUGAAGGGCAAGUUCGGAAGUUGGAGCAGGAGCCCCAAGAGAAAGAUGAUAAGAUGAGAGAAGCUCGGAAUGAGAAAGUUGAAAACGAAGAGAGUGGACCCGAUAAGAAUGUUGACAGCCAAAUAGAACCCAUGAAAGCAUCAGAUGUUGAAAAACAGGGGCAAGCUGGUGAAUCUCUAUCAGAUCAGAAUGAAAAAGAUGAGCAUGAAAGUUCUGAAGGAUUGUCAAGAGAAGAACUUGGUCGCCUCGUUGAAUCACGCUGGACAGGGAAAAAGAGUGGGGAACAAGUUGAGGAGACCGAUCCAGUGAAAAAUGACCAGGAGGAAGGGGGACCAGAUGCUGAAUAUGAAGAGUCUGUAGCAGAUAAUGCUGGUCGUUCUAGUACCGCCCAAUACAAGAUUGGGGUGCAAGAUCUUAAAAACUCAUCAGAUAUAGCAACUCCAAGCGGUAAAUCUUGGUUGGAUAAGAUACAGGAAACUGCUCAGAAUUUCCUUCAGUCUGUUAACUUCUUUUCAAUCCCUGUCGCUAAUCUAGAUGCAAAUAAGAUUCGGAAGGAAUAUAAUCACUAUACUGCGAAAUUAUCUGAUCUAGAGUCGAGGAUUUCAAGUUUGACAGAAAAGUUAAAAUUUGAUUUUGGAAAGCAGAACGAAUUCUAUUUAUUCUAUGAUCGCUGCUUUGAAUUGAAGCAGGACAAGUAUGUCUACAAAGUUUGUCCAUUUAGAAAUGCAACACAAGAGGAUGGCAGCAGUGAAACCCAACUGGGGAUCUGGGAGAAGUUUGGGAAUUCUUAUAGACUGAUGUUGUUCACAAAUGGAGAGGGAUGCUGGAAUGGACCUGAUAGAAGUUUGAAGGUGAAGCUAAGGUGUGGACUAAAAACAGAACUAACUGGUGUGGAUGAACCAAGUCGCUGCGAAUAUGCUGCUUUCAUGUAUACCCCUCUACUCUGCCUAGAUGAAAAACUUGAGGAAUUCAAACAGAAACUAGAAUCAAUGAACCAAGAAAAACCACGGAGUCACGAUGAGCUUUAACUUGCUGACAUCUACUUAUAUCAUCCUCAGUAUUCUUACAGCAUCGAUUCUUUCAAUGCAGAGAAAGAAGAUGAAGAUAACAGGUUAAGAGAAAAUCAGAAUAUCCUAGAAAACAGUGUAGAGCAUGUUUUCAUUUUUUCAGGAUGGAGACAUGGUGUCUUGUCUUUAUUUUAAAGGAAUGGUGAAUCCACUACAUGAAUGCCUGUAUUGUUUCUGGUACUUACUGGCUCAAAACCAUUUUCUUGGGACAUAAGAAGCAAGUGAUACAUCAAUAUGGGGGACAUAACGUUCCAUCUAUCUAUUUAUUUAUUUAUUUAUGAU